AUGUUCGCCUCCACCUUCCGCACCGCCGCGCCCCGCACCUUCACGCGCACCUUCAGCGCCUCGGCGGCCAGGCAGCUCGCCCGCAUGACGGUCGUGGGCCGUCUGGGGGUUGCGCCCGAGGAGGUGACCAUCUCGGGCGAUCGCACGCUGGUGCGCUAUGUGAUUGGCUCCAGCUUUGGCAAGGGCGAGGACAAGAAGACGAGCUGGUUCAGGGUUGCGAGUUUUGUGCAGGGCGCGCAGAAGGAUUUUCUCAUGGGCGUUCCCAAGGGUUCCCUCCUCUACGUCGACGCAGAUGCGCGCAUGGAGGUCUUCACCGACACCGAGGGCAACAAGCGCUCCAACCUCAGCUUGGUCGCGAGGAACUUCGACGUCCUCUCGCGCGCCCGCACCGACGAUGCGCCCGAGACCAACGAUGAGGGUCUGGUCCAGGAGGCCUCUGCUUAG